AUGUCUAAUUACAUCACUCAACAACAACAGUUUUAAGAUCACUCUAACUAUCCAGCAUCUUUUUAUGAAUAAUAUUUAACUUUCACACAUAAUAAUAUUAAUAAUAAUACUUCCUAAGAGAUUAAGGAUGAUAGCUGCUACGAUGACAAACAAUCUCAAAUCUACGAAGAAAGCUUUUCAUAAAUGAACAAUUAAGAUAUUUAAUAGCAAACUAACCUUCAGUAACAAAUUAAGACUUCAUGGAUUUAAAGCAUCUACCAAAAAGUGAGGUCAAAAUAAGCUAAAUCUGAUUAAAUAUGUUCAUCCUCAUCUGAAUUAACUGAAUCAGAAAACAACAUAUUUGAAAACAUUGACUUGUAUUAUGAUGAAGAAGAUAAAUUUAUGAUGAGCGAUGAGCAAUGGAAAAACAUGCAUUAUAGCGCAAUCAAAAUUAAUUAGCCAGAUUAGCAUAAUAUCUAAUUAGAAAACGAAAUCUAUUUUCAAUAAUUUAUAAUGAAAAUUGAGAGUGCUAAGAUGAAAAAAAAUUCCUCCAAGAAAUUUGUAAAAAAAAUGCUAAAUGUUUAACCAAUAUUCUUCAAUGAAGCAUCCACUCACAAUAAGUUUACUAUUUUCGGAGGUAAUUAGCUAGAGAAGUAUUACAGAGACUAUGAGCAUUACAGUGAUCAAAAUUUGGCCAUUCAAAGUAAUACUAUAGUUGACAUUAACAAGAUCAUUUAAAAUCAUCAAGACAAUCUUGUUGAAGUUUUCUUUGACUCCAAAGGUAAAAGCGGGCUGACUGACUUCAGGUUUAUCGUAAAUCAUUUUUCUAAAUAAAAUGGAAAAUAAUAUCAGGAACUAGCUGAGAUACUGAAAAAUUAUUAAUGCGUAACCAGCGUUUAGGUUGCUCAUAUGAAUAAAAUAAAUCGUUAAAUAAAAUUUUAAAUGAUUUCUGAAGACGAAAUAUCAACAGCUUAUCAUCAAGCUGACUAAUAUUUUAAAAAUUAUAUCAAGACCAAAUAUUUGUCAGAUUCUGAGAAAAAUCCAAAUUCUAAGAAAUACUUGAUGUAUUCCCAAACGCGCAGUAAUUUUAACUCCAUGGACUUAGAAUUGCAUUCAAACACAUACACCAAGGAUUUACUUGACUUGCUUAAACCUGAUUCUUAGAUGCUUGAUUUUAUCAAAUCUUUUAAUCAACCAUUUUAAGUCUCACAAGGCGAAAAAAGACUUUAAAGUUUGAUGAACAUUGUCAAACUCUAUUCUAGCCUAGAAAACAUUCAGAAUGUUCCAAUCACAUUUUUGGCAAAGGAUGGAAUUGAAAUAACAACAACUGUAGAUUAUGAAAUAAUUAUUUGGCCCGACUAACCUGAGUGGAUGGUUCCAUUAGAUUGCUUUACUAUACUUCUUAAAUUGAAUAUUUAAGAUUACCAAAUACAAAAGCUUAGCUUACCUCAGAGCAUUCACAGAAAAAAUUAAAAUAAAUACUCUUCAUUAUCAUCCGCAUCUAUAUAAUAAUAAUAAUAAUAAUAAUAAUUAUAAUAACAAAGUUAAAAUCCAUAAUAAAAUGAAUAAUUUUUUAAUAUUAGGUUUUUUAAUAAGAAUGAUAUACUUUCGCAAAAUAAUUUUGAGUUAAAAACGGAAAAUAAUCUUUCAGAUAAUAAAUUUGAAUUUUUGGUUCAUUCAGAAUUGUUUAUUGAAAAGUUUUACCCUAAUAUUAAUAAUAAAUAGAAUAUAGAAUAUUUCUAGAAUAAAAAGGAGGAGAAAGAGAAAGUAAGCAAUCCUCCUUAAUCAAAUAAGACAAAAAAUAUAAAGAAAUAGAAAAAUAAAAAAUAAAACAAUAAAAAAAUUAUAAUAAAUAAAUUAUUUUGA